UUCGAGCCUUCGGAGACUUGUAGGCUACGUCCGGUGUACCCUGGUAGGGGAAGUGGCUGAGGAUACCAGUUCCAACGUGUGAUUUGUAUGACGGAGUUUGUUUGAUUCUUCUGUCGACUCGGAAGUGUAUCAAUGUGGACGCUCAGCCAUUGUCUCACUGUAGAGCGCUUAAAUAACUUUAUGCCUUCUAUUUCGGGUACUACACGGAAUCAACGUUAUCGUUUCACCUGAGGUUUGAAGUUGGUUUGCCGAUUGUAUCAUCUUGUUGUUAGCCAAGCCCAAAGACACUCACAAAAUACAACACCAUGAGUGUCGACGCAUAUGGGCCGAGCUCCCAAACCCUCACAUUUUUGGAAACUGAGGAGACAGAUUUGUUAGGAGCCGAUACCCAAGGGUCAGAGUAUGAGUUUACGGAUUUUACCAUCCCUUCUCAAACACAGUCACAGACUCAACAGUCUCAUCUGGAGCCAAAUGCCAGCCAGAGCCAGAGUCAAGUGAAUGGUGUUGAUCACAUCGUGGAAAAUGGAGAUGUUGACAUCACAGUGUCGACCAUUACCCAAGGAGUUGGCGAGCUGAAUUUUGAAGAAGAACCAGAGGAGAACCAGUUUUACAUGAAGGAUUUGCCAAAGCAUGCCUGCUCAUACUGUGGCAUCCAUGACCCAGCUUGUGUUGUGUACUGCAACGCAAGUAAAAAGUGGUUUUGUAAUGGAAGAGGAAACACUUCUGGCAGUCAUAUCAUCAACCAUCUGGUACGAGCAAAGACAAAGGAGGUGACUCUGCACAGGGAUGGGCCUCUGGGAGAGACAGUGCUGGAAUGCUACAACUGUGGCUGCCGGAAUGUUUUCCUGCUUGGCUUCAUUCCGGCCAAAGCUGAGUCUGUUGUGGUUUUGCUGUGCCGCCAUCCAUGUGCUAACCUCAGCAACUUGAAGGACAUGAACUGGGAUCCCAGUCAGUGGCUGCCGCUGAUCAAUGAUCGGAGUUUCCUGUCAUGGCUGGUGAAAGUACCCAGUGAACAAGAGCAGCUUCGUGGUCGUCAGAUCACUGCUCAGCAGAUCAACAAGUUGGAGGAACUCUGGAAGGACAACCCAGAUGCCAAAUUAGAAGAUCUAGAACGGACUGGAUUGGACGAAGAACCUACUCAAGUGCAACUGAGAUAUGAUGAUGCCUAUCAGUAUCAGAACAUUUUUGGACCCCUUGUGAAACUGGAGGCUGAUUAUGACAAGAGACUGAAAGAGUCACAGACCCAGGACAAUAUUGUUGUGAGAUGGGAUGUGGGACUAAACAAGAAAAGGAUUGCUUACUUCUGCCUUUCAAAAGCUAAUGAUGAGAUGAAGCUGAUGCACGGUGAUGAAUUGAAACUGCGUUAUGUUGGAGAGCUGCAGAAACCUUGGUCUGGUGUUGGUCAUGUCAUCAAGAUUCCAGACAAUCACAGUGAUGAAAUUGCCAUUGAGCUGAAGAGCAAUGCAGGUGUUCCUGAAACCUGUACCCACAAUUUUAUGCUGGAUUUUGUGUGGAAAUCAACUUCAUUUGACAGAAUGCAGUCUGCCCUGAAAACAUUUGCUGUGGACGAGACCUCUGUAUGGGGCUACAUCUACCACAAGCUCCUUGGCCACGAGGUGGAGGACAUUGCCCUCAAGUGCACCUUGCCGAAGCGGUUUUCUGCCCCUGGCUUGCCAGAGCUUAACCACUCCCAGGUGUAUGCCGUGAAGACUGUCCUGCAGAGACCUUUGAGUCUGAUUCAGGGACCACCUGGCACUGGCAAGACUGUCACAUCAGCCACUAUUGUCUAUCACAUGGUGAAACAAAACAACGGAGCUGUGCUGGUUUGUGCACCCUCGAACAUUGCUGUUGAUCAGCUGACAGAAAAAAUCCACAAGACAGGAUUGAAGGUUGUUCGCUUGUGUGCAAAGUCGAGAGAAGCCAUUGACUCGCCUGUCAGUUUUCUGGCCCUUCACAACCAGAUCCGCAGCAUGGAUAGUGUGCCUGAACUGAACAAGCUACAGCAGCUGAAGGAUGAAACUGGUGAGCUGUCCUCUGGGGAUGAGAAACGCUACCGGUCUCUGAAAAAGCAGUGUGAGAAGGAGCUCCUGCAGGCUGCUGAUGUGAUCUGUUGCACGUGCGUUGGUGCCGGUGACCCUCGCCUGGCCAAGCUUCAGUUCAGCUCUGUGCUCAUUGACGAGAGCACCCAGGCCACAGAGCCAGAGUGCAUGAUCCCAGUCAUCCUGGGCUGCAGACAGCUCAUCUUAGUUGGUGACCACUGCCAGCUGGGCCCUGUAGUCAUGUGCAAGAAAGCUGCCCGGGCUGGUCUGUCACAGUCCUUGUUUGAACGCCUGGUUGUGCUGGGCAUACGACCCAUCCGCCUGCAAGUGCAGUACCGCAUGCACCCUGCAUUAAGCAGUUUCCCUUCCAACAUAUUCUACGAGGGAUCCUUGCAGAAUGGUGUCACUGCUGCUGACCGCACCCGCAGUGGGCUGGAUUUCCCGUGGCCACAGCCUGACAAACCAAUGUUCUUCUACAGUACUUUUGGCACUGAGGAGAUCUCCAGCUCGGGAACAUCGUACCUCAACCGAACUGAGGCAGCCAACAUUGAGAAGCUUGCGACAAGACUGUUGAGGGCUGGAGUCAAGCCAGAGCAGAUUGGUAUCAUCACUCCGUACGAAGGUCAGCGGGCUUACCAGGUACAGCACAUGCAGUACAACGGCUCUCUCAACAAGAAACUCUACAUGGAGAUUGAGGUGGCAAGUGUGGAUGCCUUUCAAGGUCGGGAGAAAGAUUUCAUUCUCCUGUCUUGUGUGAGGUCCAACGAGCACCAAGGCAUUGGUUUCCUCAAUGAUCCCCGACGUCUGAAUGUGGCUCUGACAAGAGCCAGAUAUGGUGUGAUUAUUGUUGGAAAUCCAAAGAUCCUGUCGAGGCAAACUUUGUGGUGCCACCUCCUGACUAACUACCGGGAGCAAAAAGUCCUAGUGGAAGGCCCAUUGUCCAGCCUAAAGGAAUGCUUUGUCAGCAUCAGCAAGCCACGCAAGCUUGUGAACACCACCAACCCGGGAGGGCGCUUUAUGAGCAACACCAUGUUUGAUGCAAGGGAGUUGUUGGUGCCUGGGAGUGCGUAUGAUCGAGGUAAGUCAGGAAACACGUCAUACAGGGAGCCAGUGUUGCAGACCCACGAUCAGCUGGGCUUCAUCGGACCAGAGAGGGCCUACACUCGGUCUGCCAUGAACCUUCCAGUUCCUGUGAAUAUGUUUCUGCAGCAGUCGAUGCCACAGUUCAAUAGUCCAAGCCAGCCUUCACAAGGGAAUAGCCAGAAGCCAGGGCGUGGCUGGAGUGGCAACCGGCGCCAGAAAGCAACAAAGGCUGGUGUCCCAGGCAACAGCACCCAGUCACAGAGCCAAGCUAGCCAGGAGUUCUCCCAAGGCCCGCUCACGCAGGGCAUGUCCAUGAGCCAGCACUUCCAGAUGAGCCAAGGUCUGAGCGGCCUGUCCCAGCCCGGGCUGAGUGGACUCUCCCAGGCCGACCUGUCACAGGACAGCUUCAUGGCGGAUGACUUCCGCUCUCAGAUGGAUGUUCUCCUGUCCCAGGACUCGACCUACCAGGGCGAUCGCUUCUACCUGACCUCCCAGCUCUCCCAGGGCCCGUUUAACUAGGCGGCUGUGAGAUGUUUCCCUCAACAAGCAGGUACCUUGCUACCUACUUUCCCCCUCCAAGGCCAGGUAAUGCAGGCUCGGCUCACCACUAAGAUACACAGUAGCAUGCGCGAGAGCACCACCACAUUGAGUUUAUGCGAGCUGGACGGUGGCUACUACAGAUGAUUGUCAGUUUGAGGUCAGCUCUACCUUAGGAGUGUGAAUCAACCGUGAGACGCGUCUAGCCUCAGCGGAGAUGGAAGUCGGUGACCUCGAGGUGGAGACUGGCUGGACAAUCGGUGGUCAGUGCACUCUCAAAGAGUUGAAGACAGACCCACAGAAAUGACAGAAACUCCCGCUCCAUUUGCUCAGCUCGUGCCAGGGACUUGCAUCAAAAACUCGGAACUUCAGGAAAUUCUACUGAUUGAGAUGUCUGUAAUGCCAUAACCUAGUCGUUUUGAAUGCUCUUCUCGGUUCCCGUCUUAUUUAGCGAAACCUGCAAGAACCAAAGGGUUGGAAAAUGUUUAUGGCUUUACUUGGUUCCCUGUUGUCAGCUUUCCUUAUUAACAGAAGUAAUGUCAGUCAGAGGUUGAGGAGGAAGGGUAUCCUGGCUUCUUAUCUAAGGCAACGUCGGCUUUGCUUGGGCAAUGCAAGUGUUGCAGGUUUCAAGACCUGGGUUUUUCUCUGUGAUGCUACUUGGACCUCCUCCUCUCAGGGCCUGGUAGCUGACUCAGGUUGAAUGAGGGCACAGCUCAUGGGUGAGAGACAGGCGCGUCCAACAAGCAGGUGGCACUUAUGUACUCGUGUGGUGCAUGCAGGCUGUGCUGAGGAACCAACUCCAGCAUUUUACUGAAGUGGCAACCAAGUAUUGCUACAUUACCCCCCGUCCCCGAACCUAUAUUUUCUUUGAUGGUGGAAUUUUUGUUUUUCUUUUACUACUACAUGGGCCCUUUUUGUUUUCUAUAUGCAUUGAUUAUUUUUCUCUAGAACCCAAGUACACUAUUAAGUACUUCUUAAGACUACAGCUAUGUGAGUGGCUUUUUAAAAAUUGACCUUUUAGUAGGAAAAAAACAAAUGUUAAAGUAGAUGUAAAUGGGGUAGGAGAAAAAAAAGAAAAGAAAUGAAUAUUAUGUCUUGUAACCAAGAAAGUUUUUAUUGUUGAAAUGAAUUGAUAGGGGAAAAAAGUAUAAUUAGGCAAACAGUUUAUAUUUUACGAUGCGAACCAUUGUUAUUACAUAUUUGGCCUUAUUUUUUUUGGUCUACUUUUGUCACUGCUGUUUGGACUUGUCAGCGUAUACAAUAAAACUACAUGCAGAGGUCUA